GACGGAGUAAAGACUAGAGACUAAAAAGACUAAUGACAGGAGCAAUUGCCUAAGCAAGGAGGAAUUAGGAGGUACAUAAUAGAGAGAGAAACAGAAGAAUAUAAAGAAGAAGAAGAAGAAGAAUACGGCGGAGUCUGGUUUGGUUCUGGUUAAAGGUAGAACGGAACGGAACGGCGGAGGCAUAGGCGGAGGAACACAGUGGCGGUGUCUCCGGCCAAUUAUUCAACAACAAUGCUUUCAUUGAAACUAUUUGUAUAAACGCUGCCUAAUUUCUCCAACUUGAUUUCUAUUGCUGUCAUUCGAUUACUAAAAUGGUUAAAGGGUCUUUAAAAAGUGAGAGUCAAGAUGUCACUAAACUUGAAGAACCUCUUUUGAAUUAUGGAGAUCCUAAUGCAAUUAGUAAGCAUGAAGUCAAAGGGUGCGAUAUUGUGACCCCUUAUGAAAAUGCUGGUCUUUUCAAUUGUCUCACUUUCUCUUGGUUAACUCCCUUAUUUUCUUUGGGGGUAAAGAAAAAAACUUUAGACCUUGAUGAUAUCCCUCAACUAGGCACUCAUAAUAGUGUAUUUGGAGCAUUUCCAGUGUUCCAAACUAAGCUUCUUAAGUCAUCAUUGCCGGAUAAUGAUCAUGGUGUUAAUAGUAGUACUAGUAGAUUAGUUACUACUGAAUUUGGACUUGCAAAAGCCUAUUUCUUGUCGACGUGGAAGGAACUUCUUUGGACUGCUCUUUUGGCUUUACUAUAUACGUUUGCUCGUUAUGUUACACCAUUUCUCAUUGAUAGUUUUGUUCAAUGCCUUGAUGGGAGAGGAAAAUUCGAAAAUCAGGGCUAUUAUCUUGUGCUGAUCUUUUGUAGUGCAACUUUUCUCGAGGGUUUAAUACGAAGACACUGGAUAUUUAAGACACAACAAAUCGGAAUUAGGCUUCGUGCAGUAACAACUGUUAUGAUUUACAAUAAAUGUUUGAUCCUUCCUUCUCUAACAUCAAAGUUGGAAGGUGGAUGUAGUGGCGGAGAACUUAUUAAUGCUGUGGCUGUUGAUGUCGAGACAAUCCAAGGUUUCAUCGUGUAUAUACAUGAUACGUGGUUAAUCUUCUUGCAAAUUUUCUUAGCCUUGUUAAUACUAUACUGUAAUUUAGGACUUCUUGCAGCUUGUGGUGCGUUUGUUGUGACCUUAUGUUUUAUGUUAGCAAAUUUUUUUUUUAUGAAAUGGCAAGAGAAAUUUCAAAGAAAAUUAAUGGGAUCUAAAGACAACCGGAUGAAGUCGACUAUGGAGAUUUUAAAGAAUAUGCGGGUUCUAAAGUUUCAGGGAUGGGAAAUGAGUUUUUUGUCGAAGAUACUUCAACUUAGGGAAGUGGAGAUGAAAUGGCUGAAGAAGUAUCUGUAUAGUUCAGUAGUGUUGAAUUUUUUCUGUGGAUCAGGCCCUACUGUUGUGGCUUUGGUCGCUUUUGGUUCGAGUGUAUAUAUGGGAAUCCCACUUGAACUAGGGAAGAUAUUGUCUGCGCUUGCAACAUUUCGGAUUCUUCAAGAGCCGAUCUUUUUGCUUCCGGAUACCAUAUCCUUGCUAAUCCAAGCUUGGGUUUCUCUUGGGAGAAUUGCCACUUUUCUUUCCCUUGAUGAGCUCCAAGACGAUGUUUUACAGAAACUACCAUUAGGUAGUUCUAAUCUAGCAAUUGAAAUUGUUGGUGGGAGCUUUACUUGGGAUAAAACUUCUUCGUCUACUAUCGAAACAUUAAAAGAUAUAAACUUUAAAGUGUCCCAUGGUAUGAAAGUUGGAAUAUGUGGUACUGUUGGUGCUGGCAAGUCAAGUUUACUUUCUUGCAUUCUCGGUGAAAUGCCUUGCAUCUCAGGGGCAGUCAAGAUGUGUGGGACGAAGGCUUAUGUUCCGCAGUCACCUUGGAUUCAGAGUGGUACAGUUCAAGAGAACAUUUUGUUUGGGAAGCAGAUGGACGCAGAAAAAUAUGAUCAAGUACUCGGAGCUUGUUGUUUGAAGAAAGACUUGGAGAUCUUGUCGUUUGGUGAUCAAACUAUAAUCGGUGAGAGAGGUAUUAAUCUAAGCGGAGGACAGAAGCAAAGAAUUCAAAUAGCUCGUGCCUUAUACCAUGAUGUCGACAUUUAUCUGUUCGAUGACCCUUUUAGCGCAGUAGAUGCUCAUACGGGUUCUCAUAUAUUCAAGGAAGUUUUGCAUGGUCUUCUAAGUGAAAAAACUGUUCUAUACGUUACCCAUCAAGUUGAGUUCUUGAACACUGCUGAUAUAAUUGUGGUUAUGAAAAAUGGAAGGAUUGCACAAAUAGGAAAGUAUGAUGAGAUUCUAAAUCCAGGGUCCGAUUUCAUACAACUUGUUGGUGCACGAAGUGCCACAAUGUCUACACUUGAUUCCAACAUGGCAGCAGCAACGGAUGGGAAUGUCAUCGUCAGGCAUGGGGUUGUGAAUGGUGAAGCGCAUGAUGAGAAAACUGCGAGUUUGGGAACUGCAGCACAGCUCAUAAAAGAAGAACAAAGAGAGAAAGGUGGAGUUGGGUUUUCGGUUUAUUGGAAAUACGUCACAACUACAUAUAGAGGAGUUUUCGUGUUCUUCAUAAUUCUCGCAAAUAUUCUCUUGCAAGUUCUUCAAUUAGGGAGCACCUACUGGUUAGCAUGGGCAGCUCCUUCAGCCGAUAUCCAACCAGUUGUUAGUCGAUCUACACUAAUGAUAGUCUAUGCAUCCUUCACUCUUGGUAUAUGUUUUUGCACCGUUUUCGUGGACAUUUUUAUUGUAAUCAUAGGAUAUAGAACUGCAACUACACUAUUCAGGAAAAUGCUUCAAAGCAUUUUUCAUGCUCCUAUGUCAUUUUUUGAUGCUACACCUUCAGGAAGAAUCCUCAAUAGAUGCUCAAAAGAUCAAAGUGCUCUAGAGACUCAAAUUUCCUCCAUGCUUGAGGGCGUCAUAUCUAACGCCAUUCGACUAUUGUUUAUGGUUGCACUGAUGUCUACUGUAGCAUGGCAAGUUCUGGUCAUUUUCAUCCCACUGAUCUUUGCUUCCAUUUGGUAUCAGCAAUACUAUAUGCCGUUAUCAAGAGAACUAUCACGAUUGAGUGGAGUCUGUGAAGCUCCGGUUAUUCAAUAUUUUUCUGAAACAAUUUCUGGAAUAACAACCAUCCGGAGCUUUGAUCAAGAGUCAAGAUUUCAACCAAGAUAUAUGAAAAUCGUAGAUGCUUAUUCUCGUCCUGAAUUUCACAAAGCUGCUGCAAUGAAAUGGCUGUUGUUGCGGCUGGAUACUUUCUCUUGCAUUACAUUUGCUUUCCUCUUGGUUUUCGCUUUGUACUUUGCAGACAGAAUACAUCCUGUGAUUGCGGGCUUAGCUGUCACUUACGGGCUCACAAUAAAUGGGAUGCUAGCUGGGAUGAUAUGGUGUUUAUGCCACUUAGAAAACAAGAUGAUAUCAGUGGAGAGAAUUCUUCAGUAUUUGACUAUUCCUAGCGAAGCUCCCCAGAUAAUUCAAUCUAAAAGGCCAGACGUUUCUUGGCCAUCACACGGGGAAAUUAGUAUUCAUAAUUUGCAGGUUCGUUAUGCUCCACAUUUGCCGCUUGUGCUACAUGGUGUGACAUGCAAUUUUCCUGGAGAACGGAAAACUGGUAUUGUUGGAAGAACAGGAAGUGGCAAAUCCACUCUGAUACAAGCGCUGUUCCGAAUAGUUGAACCCACAACUGGUCAGAUAAUAAUCGAUGAUAUAAAUAUCUCAUCCAUCGGGCUCCAAGAUUUACGGUCAAGACUAAGCAUAAUUCCUCAAGACCCAACCAUGUUUCGAGGAACUAUACGGAGCAAUUUGGAUCCCCUUGAGCAGUAUACAGAUGAACAAAUCUGGGAGACCCUGGAUAAGUGCCAACUUGGAGAUGAAGUCAGGAAAAUGGAGCAAAAGUUGGAUGCCAAUGUUAACGAGAAUGGAGAAAACUGGAGCAUGGGUCAAAGACAACUAGUUUGUCUAGGACGUGUAUUACUCAAGAAAAGCAAGGUGUUGGUACUUGAUGAAGCUACGGCCUCAGUUGAUACAGCCACUGAUAAUCGUAUCCAACUAACCCUUCGACAAUAUUUUUCUGAUUGUACUAUCAUCACCAUUGCCCACCGCAUCACUUCUGUUCUCGAUAGCGAUGUUGUUGUGCUUCUCAGCCAUGGGGUGGUUGAGGAAUAUGAUGCCCCUGAGAGAUUGUUACAAAAUAAGUCAUCCUUGUUUUCACAACUUGUAGCAGAAUACACAACAAGGUCUUCAACUACACAAAUGCCCAACUUGACUAAAUGAUCUAAUACUAAUUGGUUUAGCUUGGCAUUACAUUAUAUGCAUUAGCUGAUAACUUGCAUUUUCUUGUAUGAUUAUCGAUAAGUUAUGGGUCUUGGUUGGCAACAACCAUACAGUAUAUAGCAUUUUAUAGUAAUUGAUAAUUUAUUUGUUUGAACAAGUGAAAUCACAUUUAAGGUGUGAAUAUUUGAUAAAAACUUAGUAUCAUAUUAUAGAUUUUUUUUACUUUAAAAAGUAUAAAGCUUUAUUUCCAAAUGCUCAAAUUUAU